GCCGGAGCGGGACUUGGACUUUCUCUGGUUACUUGGGUCCAGCGCGGCGUCGCUUCCGCGUCUCUCUCUCGCCCGCCCGCCCCUGUGGCGUUGCCUGCCGGACCAUGGCCCCCGAGCUGUACCACAAGGAGUUUGCCAGCGCUGGCCAGAAGAGUGGCCUGCAGAUCUGGAGGAUCGAGAAGAUGGACCUGGUGCCGGUGCCUGAGAACUUGCACGGCAAUUUCUACGUGGGGGAUGCGUACCUGGUGCUCCACACCCUGAAGAAGAGCAACGCCACCUACUACAAUCUGCACUACUGGCUAGGAAAAGAAUGCAGCCAGGAUGAAAGCACAGCUGCGGCAAUCUUCACUGUUCAGAUGGAUGACUAUCUAGGUGGGAAACCUGUGCAGAGUAGAGAAAUUCAAGGACACGAGUCUACUGACUUCGUUGGAUAUUUCAAAGGAGGGAUUAAGUACAAGGCAGGUGGUAUUGCAUCUGGAUUUAAACACGUAGUCACUAACGACUUGAGUGCACAGAGGCUUCUGCAUAUUAAGGGCCGGAGGGUAGUGAGAGCUACAGAAGUUCCUCUCAGCUGGGCCAGUUUCAACAAAGGAGACUGUUUCAUUGUUGAUCUCGGAACUGAAAUUUACCAGUGGUGUGGCUCAACAUGCAAUAAAUUUGAGCGUCUGAAGGCUUCUCAAGUUGCUGUUGGCAUUCGGGACAAUGAGAGGAAUGGAAGAUCUCAGCUAAUUGUUGUAGAAGAAGGAAGUGAGCCAAGACAACUUACAAAGGUUUUAGGGACUAAGCCACUGCUUCGUGAGGGUGAUGAUAAUGAUGAUGAGGCAGCUGAUAUCACAAACAGGAGAAUUGCUAAACUAUACAUGGUGUCAGAUGCAAGUGGGUCCAUGAAGGUGUCGGUGGUUGCAGAGGAAAACCCCUUCUCUAGGGCUAUGCUUUUGUCUGAAGAGUGUUUCAUUUUGGACCAUGGUGCUGCAAGAAAGAUCUUUGUGUGGAAAGGCAAAGAUGCUAACCCACGUGAGAGAAAGGCAGCCAUGAAGACUGCCGAAGAAUUCAUACAACAAAUGAACUACCCUGCCAAUACCCAGAUUCAAGUGCUUCCAGAAGGAGGGGAAACUCCAAUCUUCAAACAGUUCUUCAGAGACUGGAAGGAUAAAUAUCAAAGUGAAGGCUUUGGGAAAGUCUAUGUCACUGAGAGAGUGGCUAGAAUUGAGCAGAUUGAAUUUGAUGCUACCAAGUUACAUGAAUCUCCACAAAUGGCUGCCCAACACAAUAUGGUUGAUGAUGGUUCAGGGAAAGUGGAGGUCUGGCGUGUUGAAAGUAAUGGCAGAAUCCCUGUGGGGUCUGAGACAUACGGAGAGUUUUUUGGCGGUGACUGCUACAUUAUACUUUAUACUUAUCCUAAAGGACAGAUCAUCUACACAUGGCAAGGUGCACAUGCAACAAAAGACGAGCUGACUGCAUCUGCAUUCCUGACUGUUCAGCUUGAUCGGUCACUAAAUGGACAGGCUGUCCAGAUCCGGGUCUCCCAAGGAAAAGAACCUGCACAUUUGCUGAGUUUGUUCAAAGACAAACCACUCAUUGUCUACAAGGAUGGAACAUCCAAGAAAGGAGGUCAGAAACCCGCUCCCCCCACACGUCUCUUUCAAAUUCGCAGGAACCUGGCGUCCAUCACCAGGAUUGUGGAGGUUGAUGUUGACGCAACUUCAUUGAACUCCAAUGAUGUUUUUGUUUUGAAACUGCCAACGAACUCCGGCUACACCUGGGUCGGAAAAGGAGCAAGCAGAGAAGAGGAAAAAGGAGCUCAAUAUGUAGCCAGCAUUCUGAAAUGUCAAACCACUAGGAUUGAGGAAAGCCGGGAACCAGAGGAAUUCUGGAGAGCCCUUGGAGGUAAGAAAAAAUACCAGACUUCAGCACAGCUGCUAACUGAGUCUGAAGACCACCCGCCUCAUCUCUAUGGCUGUUCCAAUAAGACUGGCAGGUUUAUUAUUGAGGAGGUCCCAGGAGAAUUCACUCAGGAUGAUUUAGCUGAAGAUGAUGUCAUGUUGUUAGAUACUUGGGAGCAGGUGUUUGUCUGGAUUGGUAAAGAUGCUAAUGAAACUGAGCGAAAUGAAUCUGUGAAAUCUGCCAAACGCUAUAUUGAGACAGAUCCUUCUGGAAGAGACAAGGGGACCCCACUUGUUAUUGUGAAGCAAGGAUAUGAACCCCCUACAUUCACAGGCUGGUUCCUGGGCUGGGAUUACAACAAAUGGAAAAACUGAUCUAUCAGUGAAGGCCUCUGCUACAAACAGAAUGCAAUCAGAGCACAACUAUUCUCUAGCAUUCUUAAGCAUUAGCUUGUAAAACUAUAUUGAUGCAGCAGUUGUCACCCAUUCCACAGCGUUCGUAUAUUCCUCUGAGUAAACUAGCAUGUCUUAGCUUUGGAAAGGUUAAAUGAGAUGAUAAAGUAGUAACAUAACUUCUUGGUGGCGGGUUGGGUUUUUUACACAGUAUCUAUGUGGAGUGAUACCAUUGGUUUGGUUCUAAAAUGCCUUUUUCUAAACAAAAACUGUAGAUCAGUUACACAUUAAUAUACAAUUUACAAGCUAACAUUCAUCAGUGGGCCAAAUUCUGCUUUUUACACCAGAAUAAGUGAGAGCAGAAUUUGGCCCACCCAGGACCCAUUGAAGUUGAGGGGAAAGAAUCCCAGCAGCAGGAUUGGGCCCUAAUUUACCUAAAGUGUCAAAAUCCUGCGGUCCUUACUAGUACAAAACUUCCAUUGCAGUCUGAAUCAGGAGUGGGAGCUCUGUCCUGCAGGGUGCGGAUCAGGAGUCCGAGAGAGCCAAUGUGAAAAUGGUACUUUGUUACAUGUGGUUCAGGAAAUGGAUAUAAUCUGAGUGGAGCAGAUGCUAUAGGCUUGAAUGAAUGUGAUGUGAACAUAUAUCAUCAUGAGGCCCGGCACAGUUGGCUGUGACAGACACUGUUUCUAUAGAGCCCUCAGACACAUACUGGCUGCGUGUUAUCCAUGUUAGGGGUGGGCAAACUUUUUGGCCUGAGGGCCACAUUGGGGUUCAGAAACUGUACGGAGGGCCAGGUAGAGAAGGCUGUACCUCCCCAAACAGCCUGGCCCCUGCCCCAUCAACUCCCUCCCACUUCCUGCCCCCUGACUGCCCCUCUCAGAACCCCCGACCAUCCAACUCCCCCUGCUCCUUGUCCCCUGACU